AUGGAAAUAGACGAAAAAUUUGGACCGGGUCUAACGCGGCGAGAGUGGGUUCCGACUGAAUUGGCAACGUCGCGUCGGCGCUUCCGUCCAUAUUACAUCGACGUCCGAACGACCUUGCAGUGCCCUUGCUGCCAGAGUGCGGUGAUAGUGGUAGAAAACGGCAGACACCGUAUCUCAACGCCUUUUGCGUGUGUGGUGGCUUUCUUCGGGCUCCUCGGCCGCAAUUUCGAGAGCUUUCGGACGUUUAGCGACGUUUUCACAAGGUUCCAAAUGACUUCCGAACAAAACAAUUGUGGCCUUAGUUCCAUACUCCCAAUAUCCUGCCGGGACAGAGCAGAGGCGUUCGCAAGGAGUCUUCAGUCGCGCCUGCACUCGUUAGGAACCCAAACGAGUCCGUCGAACGAAAGAAGUUGGCUCGGACCCCAGGAGAAACCCAUCACAGUUUCCCAACCCCUUCACACCCUCGAAACCGAACGGUACCUGCAACUCGAAGCUUUAGAAUCGCCGGGCAGCCCGCAAGACGAAGAAAACGAAUUCCACACGCUUCUAAACAGGGACAGCUUGCAGAAUGGCUGUCAUUGCAAUCUGCAGUCGACACCCAACGGUCUCCCUCGGAACACUUCCAACGAUAGCGACAACGAAGUUUUCUACGAUUUGGACGACGAAUCUGCUUCGCAAAACGGUUACGGAAAUUCGGAAUCGAGCCGAAGUUCGGAGAGCGAGACCGGAAUCGACGUAAACUCGCAAGGAACUUUGAGCGACGCGUUUUGCACGUCGCUCGAUUGCACACCUCAAGCGUCACUCAGCGACGACGUUUCCACAUUAAGCCGCAAUGAAGACGAUAGCGACAAGAGCGAUGAGUGUUUGUUAAAGGUAAUCGACUCUUUGGAGAAAUCUUGCAGGCUGAACGGUUCCGUCGAUAAAAGCGAGGAGGAGUUACUAAGUGUGAAUGGUUUUAGGAACGGAGAUUGUCAAGACUGCGGAGAUGCGGUUGAAAGUAACGAUGAGACUGAUUAUGUUAGACAGAACGGUGAGACCGACAGGCCUUUUGUUAGUACGCUUAGUAUAGACAUCCACAUGUCCGUGGAGUGUCCCCAGGACAACGAAGAGAAAUGUCGUGAAAACGGGGAAGUCUAUGACGAGGAUCAGGACGAUAGCGCGACCCCGAGAGUGCGGAGAUGUUCGUCGCUGAAAACGGGCAAAACUCCGCCGGGAACUCCCGGACGAAAAAAGAUCGUGCGCUUCGCCGACGUUUUAGGGUUAGAUUUGGCCGAUGUCAGAACGUUCCUCGACGAAAUACCCAAAGUACCUAAGUCAGCUUACGACGACUUGAACGACGUCGAUUUAAUAUCAGAUUCGGCGACCGACUUGACGUCAUUAAACCCAAAGUAUCACGGCCUCAAAGCCGAUAAGAUAUUAGUGCCGAUGUUCGAUCAGCCCGCAGGGAUGCCGACAUUUUUAGAACUAGUCAGAGAUAACCUAGUGUGUUUGGAGAACGCGUUCGUCGACGACCCCGUGUUAUUUUCAAUCAGGGGUUUCGUGAGGGUCAGAAAUUUGGAUUUUCACAAGUCGGUACAUAUCAGGUACACGUUAGAUUCUUGGAAGACUUUCGCCGACGUCCAAGCGACGUACGUGAGCAACUCCUGUGAUGGAUUCUCGGAUAAGUUUUCGUUUAUCGUUUACGCGCACACCCUGAAGGUCGGCCAGAGGCUAGAGUUCGCUUGUCGGUUUCAGUGCAGGGGGUGUCAGUAUUGGGAUAACAACAAUGGGCGCAACUACGUCUUCCAGUGUUUGCCGGCAGCUAACAGUGCUACUUGCCCGCCCAUUACGGUACAUGGGCACGACGAUUGGGGCGCCAGUUUUUACUAGAACGUCUCGCAGCGUCGAAGCUAGGAAUCAAAUCGAGCGAAGAGUACAUCUGGUAGAGACAUGUUUCACGGAACACACAAAUAACGCGGUGACCAGAGAACCACAACAGAUUCAUCGGAAUCUGGCAACGAUGCGGAUAUUUAACAGCCUUCCGAGUGCCGAGGAAAUUUAACCGACAUACUCGCAGCCCAGCAACUCUCUUGUUUGUUAAGUCUUAUUUUUGUUUUUAUUUGUUACAGAAAGCAAUAUAUAUAUAUUUUACGAGAUAGUAUUUUUACAAGAAAGAGUUUAAACCAUAUUUAUAAUCGAUACGAAGUGUUACUACUGUUUAGGAAUCUUAAGAGUUUUAUCUAUUUGUAAAUUUUACGUCGCUAGGACUGUAUUUUAGGAAUCUUCCUUCUGUUUUUAUAAUAAGUCUAUGCUGUCCAGAAAUAAAU